UAAUGAAACAAGAUCAAUAAAAACUCCUAUUAGUUCUCUAAAAAAUUUUCGCUUUGUGUUUGCAUUUUUAGAUAUGCUAAACGAUGCUGCAGUUCUAGUUAACAAUAAGAUUCAUUUUAAUAGUGGAUGGAAUGGUGGUUUUGUAACUUUAUCUAUCUAG